GUGGAAAGUGCAUUCAUAACGGAACCACUCUCUCUCUCUCUCUCUCUCUCUCCGUUCUCUCUCCCUUCAAGGCUCCAAGCCCCGAGGCCGUUAGGGUUCGCUGUAACCUCGCGAUCAGAGGUUUACCCACCAGCUUAUGAGGCAAGAGAUCAAGAGGAUGGAUGUUGAAUAAUGUUUCUGCAUAAACCUUGUUUCUUCCAAAGGUUUUAAAUGCCUCGCAGAAGAGAAGAGAAGGAUGACUAUAGCGAUCCUGAGUUGGAAGAUUACAAAUACAGAUACUACAAGGAAUUGAGAGAUGGAAAGGAAAGAGUUAGAGUUUCGGGGAAUAUUUUUCGAUGCCCAUAUUGUUAUGACAAGAGGUGGAAAGAAUACAAUUACAAAGAACUUCACAGACAUGCUUCGCGUGUUGGUAGUGAUUCAAAGAGUGAGAAGUUCAAAGAUAGAGCUAGACAUUUGGGAUUGGUAAAAUACUUGGAGAGGUGUAUAGAUGCAAAGCGCUUAUCAUCAUCACAGUCCACCGGAAAAGCUACUCAACGGGUAGAUGGGCGCACUGAUUCAAAGAGGAACGAAACACGAUCCCCUGCAACAACUCCUACUGAAUUGGAGGAGAGGUUAGAAAAUGUCAAUGUCACAUCAUCAAUUUCCUCCACGAGAAUGACUGAACCAACUAAAAAAGUGGAGACAAUUGGAAAUGCAAAUAGUAAAUUGGUAGAAUCCACGCGUUCUCUGUAUGGUAAAUCAUCCCAGUCUAUCCCGACAUGCCUUGAGCUUUCUAAAUGCAAAGCAAAGGAGGAGCUAAUUGUUUGGCCCUGGAUGGCUCUAGUGGCCAACAUUCAGGUUGAAUAUAAAGAUGGUCGGUACGUGGGAGAAGGUGGUGGAAAGCUAAGAGAUGAGUGGACUAGCAAAGGGUAUAAUCCCCAGAAGGUCCAUCCUUUGUGGAGCCGCCAAGGUCACUCAGGAUUUGCAAUAGUGGAAUUUAAAACGGAUUGGGAUGGAUUUCAGAAUGCUAUGGCAUUUGAAAAGGCAUUUGAAGUUGAAAAUCAUGGGAGAAAAGAUUGGUAUACAGUAAAGCGUAGAGGGGAUCUGCUGUAUGCUUGGAUUGCUCGGGAAGAAGAGUACAACUCUAAGGGUCUUGUUGGUGAAUAUCUCCGUAAGAAAGCAGAUUUGAAGACCGUUUCAGAUAUUGAAACUGAAGAUAAAAGGAAAGACAUGAAACUUGUUUCCAACUUAACCAAUGCACUUGAGGUUAAGAAUAUGAAAUGUGAAGAGAUAACGAGGGAAAUAAGCAAGACAGAAAUUUUCAUGAGGAAUGUAAUGAAGCAAAAGGAAGAGAUGAUUCAAAGUUAUAAUGAAGAGAUGAAUCAAAUGCAGAAGGAUGCGGCUGAUCAACUAGAAAAGAAAAUUGCUGACCAUGAAAGGAGUAAAUCACAGUUGGAAGCUCAGAGGCAAAAACUUGAAUUGGUAGAGAAAGAACUGGAAGAGCGUGAAGCACUAAACACUAAUGAGAAAAGGAAGCUUGACAUUGAGAAGAAAAUGAACGAGAGGGCUAUUUUGGCGCAAAAGAUGGCUGAUGAAAAGAUGUGGAAGUUGGCUGAGGGUCAAAAGAGAGACAAGGAGAAACUCCACAAGAAAAUUAUUGAACUGGAAAAGAAACUUGAUGCCAAGCAAGCACUGGAGUUGGAGAUUGUGCGCAUGAGGGGAGCUGUACAAGUAAUGAAGCAUGUGAGUGAAGAUGGUAAUUUGGAAGAUAAGAGGAAGAUGGAAACAAUUGAAAAAGAUUUAAAAGAUAAGGAAGAAGACCUCGAACAGAUGGAAGCACUAAAUCAGGCACUUAUUGUUAAGGAGCGUCAAAGCAAUGAUGAGUUGCAGGAAGCUCGGAAAGAGUUAAUUAAUGGUUUUAAGGGUAGCCUUGCUUUCAUUGGUGUUAAGAGAAUGGGAGAGCUUGAUGCUAAGCCCUUCCGCAACGCAGCCAAGACAAAGUAUGCAGGUAAUGAAGUAGUAGAGAAAGCAAUGGAAAUGUGCUCUUUGUGGGAGGAUUACCUCAGGGAUCCAAGUUGGCAUCCUUUCAAGGUCAUCUCUGUGGGAGAAGGUCAUAAGGAAAUUAUUGACGAAGAAGAUGAAAAAUUGAAGAGUCUGAAGAAUGAAUGCGGUGAUGAAGUCUACAAAGCUGUGACAAAAGCCUUAGCUGAGAUGAACGAGUACAAUCCGAGCGGUCGGUACCCCCUUCCGGAGCUAUGGAAUUCGAAGGAAGAAAGAAAGGCUACGCUAAAAGAGGGAGUGUCUCUCAUGUUGAAACAAUGGAAAACGUAUAAACGAAGGAGAAACUGAAGUCUGAUACUUGUUUCUUGGAAACAUCCCAAUAGAGGUUUUCAGAUGACAUAAAAAGACAAGUUGUAACUACGGGCUCUAAUUUUUUUCAAUUUUUAGUUGUUGUUCUCAUUUUGACUAGCUGAAGUGGGACAUCACUGAUGUGAAAAGAAAAGAUAGAAGUAUAGUAGAAAAUUGCAAAUAGCUGUCUGGCAAGAACUUGAUUUGAUGUUGCAAUGUUUCGGUUUGGAAAGGUGUAAUUUGUAACUUCUCCUCUAGCAAUCAAUGCAGGAACCUGGCUUCACCCU